UGAGUUUGCUGGGAUUCGGUCUGCCAACCUGUUCAGCAUCCACUUCCCACAUGAAUCCGUAGAGCAGGGAUAGAUAAGCAACAAAAGCAGGCUCAACCGAAGUGCUUGUAUUGUUCGGAUUCUUGAUCAGCUCCAGAAGUCGAUUCCGGCAGGUUUUCAAAUCACUGCGUCAGUGUUAAGUCAAUUAGAAUUUAAAAAAACCGCGAAAUUUAAACCAUCUAUACCGGAAUCGGGACUAACGCCACCUACGUAGCACCGAAGUGCGCAUGCGCCGGCAGUGUCUACGUGCCAGCUUCCGCUCGCGUCCAUCUUCCUUUCGGCCAGGCAAGGCGUGCAAGCUGCCUGGUUAGUCGAUUUUUCAUGAGCAAAAUCUCGUGAAAAAGGCUGCGAAAUGUCGUUGUCUACAGCGCGCCCGUUGAUCACGGUGUUCACUGAAAAGAGUGAAGCAUCCGGAGAAACCAUCUCUUUGCCUUCAGUUUUCAAGGCACCAAUCCGACCUGAUGUCGUGAACUUUGUUCACCAGCAGGUCUCAAAGAACAGCCGUCAACCCUAUUCCGUUUCGAAGGAAGCUGGUCACCAGACUUCCGCCGAAUCAUGGGGUACCGGACGUGCCGUUGCUCGUAUUCCCCGUGUCCGUGGUGGUGGUACUCACCGCUCUGGUCAGGGAGCCUUCGGUAACAUGUGUAGAGGAGGUCGCAUGUUCGCCCCAACCAAGCCAUGGAGACGCUGGCAUCGUCGUGUUAAUGUAAACCAGAAGAGAUACGCAAUCGUCUCCGCUAUUGCCGCUUCCGGUGUACCCGCCCUCGUUCAAUCCAAAGGACACAUGAUCCAGGAAGUACCAGAGUUCCCUCUGGUAGUCUCCGACAAAAUUCAGGAGUACAACAAGACAAAGCAAGCCGUCAUCUUCCUAAGACGCAUCAAGGCCUGGAAUGACAUCCAGAAGGUAUACAAGUCGCAGCGUUUCCGUGCCGGUAAGGGUAAGAUGCGUAACCGUCGCCGCAUCCAGCGUCGUGGACCAUUGAUUGUCUACGGAAACGACCAGGGUAUCCGCAAGGCUUUCCGCAACAUUCCCGGAGUUGACCUCAUGAACAUCAACAAAAUCAACCUCCUGAAGCUGGCUCCUGGUGGUCACGUUGGACGUUUCGUCAUCUGGACUAAGUCUGCCUUCGAGAAGCUCGAUGCCCUUUACGGCACGUGGCGCAAGGAGGCUGAGCUCAAGAAGGGAUACAACCUGCCCAUGCCCAAGAUGGCCAACACCGACCUGUCCAGGCUUCUCAAGUCUGACGAAAUCCGUAAAGUCCUCCGGGCACCAAGGAAGAGGGUCAUCCGCAGGGUGAAGAAACUGAACCCACUGAGACAGACCAAGGCUAUGCUGAGACUCAACCCAUACGCCGCUGUACUCAAGCGCGCGGCUAUCCUGACCGCCAGGAAACGCCAGAAUGAGAGGGACGCCCUCUUGGCAGAGAAGCGAGGCAUCAAGCUCCAGAAGUCGACACCCGCAGCGGUCGAGAAGAAGAUCAAGGAGAAGCGAUCGAAGCAGCUGGCAGCAAUCAAGGCGUCGAAGCCCAAGGUCAAGAAGGUGGCGAAAAAGAAGGCGCCCGUAGACCCCAAGGCCGCAAAGGCCGCCCCAACCAAGGCCGCCCCAGCGAAACCAGCGGCAACCAAGACAGCGCCCGCGAAGAAGUGAAGACGUUUAUAUUAAACACAUCCACACAUAACGUGUUGUUAAGCCCGUGAAUUUUAUUUAAUAACAUUUUAAUAAAAGGAGGAAAAACAGCACAAACAGA